CUAUAAGACUUGACUACAAAGCAGAGAAUCAUCUGAGUGGGUCGUACUCAAUACUUCUGCGUCGCCGUCCCAGCACGCGAUUUUGCCAACCACUCCUUCAACCUUUCACCUUCAAUUCAAUUCUAAGGGUUGAAGAUUUAGUGGGUGGAGCUUAAAAAAUUUGAAGAAUUUGCUUGGCCUGUGCAACUGAGAUUUUGAGACUAGGGUUUUGAAGAUGAGUGACAACUUGAUGGAUAAAGUUAGCGCUUUUGGUGAGCGUUUGAAGAUUGGAGGAGCUGAGGUUGGUCGAAAGAUGACUGCUGGCGUGAACUCUAUGAGUUUCAAGAUGAAGGAGCUACUCCAAGGCCCAAAUCAGGCUGACAAGCUUGUCGAGGAUGCAACAGCUGAAACUUUGGACGAGCCUGAUUGGGCCACCAAUCUUGAUCUUUGCGACAUGAUCAAUCAUGACAAGAUCAGUAGUGUUGAUUUGAUCCGUGGAAUAAAGAAACGGCUCAUGUUGAAGAACCCCAGAGUUCAGUACUUGGCCUUGGUGUUGCUUGAAACUGUUGUCAAGAAUUGUGAGAAGGCAUUCUCGGAGGUUGCAGCCGAGAGGGUGCUUGAUGAAAUGGUGAAGUUGAUUGAUGAUCCUCAGACUGUUGUUAACAAUCGGAACAAGGUUCUGAUGUUGAUCGAAGCAUGGGGGGAGUCCUCUAAUGAGCUCCGAUAUUUGCCUGUGUUUGAAGAGACAUACAAGAGUUUGAAAUCAAGGGGUGUACGGUUCCCUGGUCGUGAUAAUGAAAGUUUGGCCCCAAUAUUCACUCCUCCCCGUUCAGUCUCUGCUUCAGAAUCAAAUGCUAGCCUUGGCCAACAAGUUCAUCAUGACAUUCCUGCAGAAACCUUUACAGCUGUACAAACAAAGGAAGCAUUUGAUGUGGCACGGAACAGCAUUGAGCUUCUAACAACAGUUUUAUCCUCUUCACCUGAACAAGAUGCUUUAAAGGAUGACUUGACGACCACACUUGUACAGCAGUGUCGUCAGUCCCAAUUUACUGUCCAGAGAAUCAUCGAAUCAGGUGGGGAUAAUGAGGCUGUUCUCUUUGAAGCCUUGAACGUGAAUGACGAAAUCCAGAAAGUCCUCUCCAAGCACGAAGAUUUGAAGAAGCCUUCAGCAUAUCCGCUGGAUCCUGAACCAGCCAUGAUACCUGUUGCUGUCGAGCCUGAUGAAUCGCACCAUCUCGGGAAAGAAGAUGCUUUAAUUAGAAAGCCCGCAGGUUCUCGUGGUGGAGCCCAGGGAGGGCACAACGAUGAGAUGAUGGACGAUCUUGAUGAGAUGAUAUUUGGCAAGAAAUCUGGCGGCACAUCCCAAGCAGGGCAUGAUACGAAGAAGUCGUCGAAGGAUGAUCUCAUCACCUUUUGAGUUUCGUUAGGGAAUUCAUAUAUUUGGGACAGAUGAAGCCUUUGAUAGUAUUGAGUCUGUUUAGAUGUUGAAGAUUUUCAAGUUUGAUGAACAUGACCGGUUUUUUUUAUUUUGGUGGUCAAGUGGGGAGUUCCAUUUCCAUUAUUCCUGCACAUUUUGUGUAAGUAAUUCAGGUGUGACCGUGUGACUUUGAAUAGAUAAUUGUCGACAAAAUAUAUAUAUAAAAAAACAGUAAAACUGUCAUAUUCUCCUCA